AAACCCUAAACCCCCCACUCUCUCUCUCUCUCUCUCUCUCUCUCUGCAAAUGGCAAUCGCAACCAUGCUUCGCAGGACGGCCGCCGCCGCCGCACCCCUGAUGGGUCGGGCCAUCAGAAGCCAAAAGUACCAUCACGGCUCUGCUCUCGUGUCCGCCGUCGUCAACCGCAGCAGCGGCCUCUCCCGACAGGUGUCCCGGAGCUUGUUCCCGGCGGCCCGCAACUACUCUUCGCGGCCGAGUUCCGACGAGUCGCUCCUCCGAGUAAUCGACUCGGAGAUCAAGUGCGCCGAAGAGACAGACGAUAAGGAUGAGGUGGACGGUGUCCCAGAUGGUUUCCCAUUCAAAAUUCAGGAUACCCCUGGGCAACAGACAAUAUCUUUGACCAGAACUUAUCAGGACGAAACCAUCACAGUUGAAGUUCACAUGCCAGACCUUGUUACUGGAGAGGAUGAGGACGACGACGACGAUGAUGACCGCGAUGAUGAGAAGAACAAUCAAUCUAGUGUUCCACUUCUAGUUAAAGUUUCUAAGAGGAGGGGGCCCUGUUUGGAGUUCACUGUCACCGCUUUCCCUGACGAGAUUUCAAUAGACAGUUUAUCUGUUAAGGAUCCAGACAGCUCUGAGGAUCAAAUUGCCUAUGAGGGGCCUGACUUCGCGGAUUUGGAUGAGAAUCUACAAAAGGCUUUUCACAAGUAUUUGGAGAUAAGGGGACUCAAGCCCAGCACAACCAACUUCUUGCAUGAGUAUAUGAUCAACAAAGACAGCAGAGAAUACCUAAUGUGGCUGAAGAACGUGAAGGCAUUUAUCAAGGCUUAAAUUCCAGCUUCGAAUUACAAUUUUUGGACACCCUGUCGCGUUAACUAAUUUUUUGUUUGCGUUCUCUGUUCUGAAUCUUCAUCCACGCUUGGUACUAUUCAUGUGUUAUAUGGAGAUAUUACAACCCGGAACCCUUGAUCACAUUAGGGACUUUGGCGAGCCCUCUGAGGAAUCUCUUGAACUUUAGGACAUGUUCUCAAGUAUUAAAUAUUAGAUGUUAAAUAAUCGAUGGGGUUCUCGUUGGAAAAA